AUGUCAUUAUUCACAACAAUGGGGAUGUUCAUAAUCGAUGAAAAUCGAUAUAUUGACCCGCCAGCUCCCUCACAAACAGAUAUAAUUGGUGGAGCAGGAACAUAUGCAAUAAUGGGUGCAAGAAUAGUUACUGAACUUAAUAAUUCACAUUUAAUUUCAGGUAUAAUAGAUAAAGGUAUCGAUUUUCCUUCCACGGUAUAUGCAGAGUUACAAAGUUGGUCAACUGGGAUAAUUUUUAGAGAUAGUGAUCGAUUAACUACAAGAGGAUGUAAUAUUUACGAUAAAGGAAUACGAUUUUUUGAAUAUUUAUCACCUAAAAAACAAAUUGAAGUUAAUGAUAUAAUUCAAUAUGAAAAUUUAAAAAGAAGUAAAACUUAUCAUUUAAUAUGUUCAAUUGAUCGAUGUAAUUCGAUAAUAAAAGAUAUUUUGAAAUUUAAUCCCGAAGCUAUUUUUAUUUAUGAACCAUUACCUACUGAUUGCAUACAUGAAAAUUAUACAAAAUUAACUAAAUUACUUCCAUAUAUACAUAUUUUCAGUCCAAAUUUAGAUGAAGCAGAAGGACUAGCUGGAAAAUCUAAUCUAUUAAAAGAAUUAGCCAUAAGAUUUACAAAGUAUCAAUCAAUACCGAAUUCAGGUACAGUUAUACGAUGUGGAUCAGAAGGUUGUUUUAUACAUACAACAAACAAUGGAACUUAUAAAUUACCGGCGUACCAUCAGGAUCAAUCUAAAGUAGUCGAUGUAACUGGUGGUGGGAACUCAUUUUUGGGAAGUUUUGCAAUGGGGUGGAUAUUAAACGAUCAAAAUUGGUUAACAGCAGGAAUUUAUGGUAAUGUGGGGAGUGGAUGUGUUAUUGAAAAAUUAGGUAUGCCCACUGUAAUAGAUGAUAAAUUUAACGGAAUUAGUUUCAAAGAUAGGUUAACCAAAUAUUUAACAGAAAAUCAAAUCGUUAUUCAUUAA